GGUGGAUUUAGCUCGUGAAAAAGCGAGACACGACCUAGAAAUAGCAGUGAGAAAGGUGCUUUUCAUCCGAAGCGUUCUCAAAGCUAAUCCGCGACAUGGAUUCCUGGGAUGUUCCAAUCUCUCCUGGACAAUUGUGAAAAAGUUUCAGCUUUUGCUGGGUUUUUUCUUUCUGUGGUGGGAAAAGUGCAAUAUUGGACAGUGUUGGGGGCUAUUGUGUGCUGAUUGAUUGCCUGGUGACAAAAAUUGUGCUUGAGGGGAGUGAAGGAAAAAUUGACGGAAGUUCUAUCAGUGCCGCAGUGGGUUUUUCUGUUCUUGUCGGACGGAGAAAACUUUCGCCAGAAGUUUUACCUCUGGAGGAGGAUUUGUUUUGGACACCAGUAAAGUGAUGGAUAGACUAAAUUCCAAUUUAAAUGCUAUGGUAUUGGGUGUAAUAGUCUUCUGGACAAUAUUUCUAUUGCGAUCAAACAAUGCCACCCAACUGCAUAUUGGAGGAAUUUUUCCGAUAGCUGGAAAAGGUGGCUGGCAGGGAGGACAGGCGUGCAUGCCAGCUGCCAAAUUGGCCUUGGAUGAUGUCAACAAUCAAACGGAUUUGCUGCCCGGAUUCAAGCUCACACUCCACAGCAAUGACAGCGAGUGUGAACCUGGACUGGGGGCGAGUGUCAUGUACAAUCUUCUGUACAAUAAACCACAGAAGUUGAUGCUAUUGGCCGGAUGCAGUACAGUUUGCACAACAGUGGCCGAGGCAGCAAAGAUGUGGAACCUCAUUGUGCUCUGCUAUGGAGCCUCAAGUCCUGCCCUCUCGGAUCGCAGUCGCUUUCCCACACUCUUCCGGACCCAUCCAUCAGCAACUGUGCACAAUCCAACGAGGAUUAAGCUCAUGGAAAAAUUCGGAUGGUCCCGAGUUGCAAUUCUGCAACAAGCUGAGGAAGUCUUUAUCUCUACGGUGGAAGACUUGGAAAACCGAUGCAAAGAGGCGGGCAUCGAAAUCGUUACGAGACAAUCAUUUCUCUCAGAUCCCACUGACGCUGUGCGGAAUCUGAGACGUCAGGAUGCUAGGAUAAUCGUGGGACUGUUCUAUGUCGUAGCAGCAAGGAGAGUACUCUGCGAAAUGUACAAACAAAAUCUUUACGGACGAGCUUAUGUAUGGUUUUUCAUUGGAUGGUAUGAGGACAAUUGGUAUGAGGUGAACCUAGAGAAUGAGAAUAUAUCGUGCACUAAGGAACAAAUGAAGGUAGCUGCCGAGGGACAUUUGACCACGGAAGCAUUAAUGUGGAAUCAAAAUAAUAGGAAAACAAUAUCUGGCAUGACAUCUGAGGAUUUUCGGAAACGCCUCAAUGAGGCUCUCAUGUCGGAGGGCUACGAUAUCAGCCACAAGAGAUAUCCUGAGGGAUAUCAGGAAGCACCUCUGGCAUAUGAUGCUGUAUGGAGUGUCGCCCUGGCUUUCAACAAGACAAUGGAGAGGCUCAAAUGGCGCAAGAGAUCAUUGAAGGACUUUACAUACACGGACAAAGAGAUUGCCGAUGAGAUUUAUGCUGCUAUGAACUCUACGCAAUUUCUGGGUGUUUCGGGCCGAGUGGCUUUCAGCUCGCAAGGUGACCGAAUAGCCCUUACCCAAGUGGAACAGAUGAUUAAUGGAUCAUACGUUAAAUUGGGAUAUUAUGACACCCAAGUCGAUAAUCUUACAUGGCUAAAUAUGGAGGAAUGGGUUGGCAAGAAGGUGCCGCAGGACAGGACUAUUGUGAAGAGAGUACUGAGGACGGUGUCCCUGCCUCUGUUCGUCUGCAUGAGUACCAUCUCGAGUUGUGGAAUUGUUGUGGCAUUAGCACUAAUUGUCUUCAAUAUUUGGAAUAGCCAUCGAAGAGUGAUUCAGUCUUCACAUCCUGUCUGCAACACAAUCAUGCUCUUUGGCGUCAUAACGUGCCUGGUAUCCGUGAUCUUGCUAGGUAUUGAUGGACGCUUCGUCGGUCCGGACGUAUAUCCUCAGGUAUGCCAGGCAAGAGCGUGGCUUUUAGCAGCUGGAUUUACUCUAGCAUAUGGAGCCAUGUUCAGUAAAGUCUGGCGAGUCCAUCGGUUUACCACAAAGACGAAAACGGAUCCAAAGAAGAAAGUGGAACCAUGGAAACUGUAUACAAUGGUCUCUGGCCUCCUCUCAGUGGACCUCGUAAUUAUGCUUACAUGGCAAUUAUAUGAUCCUCUUCAGAGGCGCCUAGAGACCUUUCCGCUGGAAUAUCCCGUGGCUACUGACGAUGAUGUGAGAAUACGCCCAGAACUCGAACAUUGCGAGAGUGAAAAUAAUUCCAUCUGGCUCGGUGUCAUCUACGGAUUCAAAGGCCUGAUCCUGGUGUUCGGGCUGUUCUUGGCGUAUGAGACGAGGUCGAUAAAGGUGAAGCAGAUCAAUGACUCCCGAUACGUGGGCAUGAGCAUCUACAACGUGGUGGUCCUGUGCCUCAUUACCGCACCCGUUGCCAUGGUCAUUGCCUCGCAGCAGGAUGCAUCAUUUGCAUUUGUGGCUCUAGCCGUGAUUUUCUGCUGCUUCCUCAGCAUGCUCUUAAUAUUUGUGCCAAAGGUUAUUGAAGUGAUACGACAUCCUAAAGAUAAAGCCGAAUCGAAAUAUAAUCCCGAUGCGGGAAUCUCAAAGGAGGACGAGGAGCGCUAUCAGAAGCUUGUGUCAGAAAAUGAUGAUCUUCAGAAGCUGAUUGCCCAGAAGGAGGAAAAAAUCCGGCUUCUUCGUCAAAGACUAAUUGAACGUGAUAGCAACAAGGGACAAACUCAGGAUACAGACAUACAAGGUGGUGCCCCAACGACGACCGCAAUAACACAAGAUAUUCACGAUGAACACAUUUGAAAUUUAAGUCAAUUUUAACGGUGAUAAUAAUGUAGCUAAUUAAUUUUAAAUGUAAUGUAAUACCCCGAAUGUGAAAAUAGCGGAGUAGACAAGACGUAGGGUUGAAAUGGGAAAAUUUAAUAAAUUAAUAGAUGACGCAAAACUCUCUCUGUCUCUGAAGAGUUAAAGAAAACUGAAACAGUGAAAUGAGAACGAAAUGGUAUUAACACUUGAAAAUAUACAAAUUUACAUGAAGAACAAAAAAAAGUGUGGUUAAGGAAAAAAAUUCUAGUGAAAUUCUUUGUUAAUUAAGAAGGAAAUAUAUAUUUAAAGAGAAAAUAAUGAAUUAUUAUAGAAAAAAAUGAAACAGUACUGCACAAGUGAAGGCCAUCAAGUCACCUCAAGGGACAUUCUAAAUGUCAGGUGAAUAGAUAAAUUGAUGAAAAUUAUUUAUAAUAGUUUUACCAUGUACCUUGUAAUGAUGUAAAUAUGUAAAUCUCUCACCGUAUUCGUCAUUGGACAUUUUAACCAGACAUUUUUGAAAAUGUUUAGUCAUUCGGGAAAUAUCGUAAUGUGUUCGAAAGCGUUUGAUAAUUAGGGAGUGCACUUUAACCUAGAAUACCUUUACUUUAAUUUCACUGAAAAAGCAUAAAUUGCUGAUAUUUGUGGCUGAAUCAAUAAGAAAACAUAAUGGAAUUUUCAAAUUCUUCUGAAAAAGACAGUAUUUGAAAGAUCCUGCUGCUUUCUAUAAAAACUGGCGCCGCUCUAGCGGCAGAAGAUCAAAACAUUAGCUGAGACUACUAUAAAAAUUUGAACAAUGAUCAUAAAAGCUUAUUCAGCAAUUUGUCAAAAAACUGGCAGCUCCAUUUUAAAUUUAACGAAAAAGAAUUAAAUCAUCAACGAAAUUUAAAGCAUUUAAUUUAAUAAAAUGCGUCUGUGAAUCAGCAUUUAUUCAACCAUAUAAAAAAUAGAACAUCCUUCCCAAAAAAUAAUUAUUUUCACAACUGUGACACAAACAUUCCACAAUGUAAUAACUUUUUAUUUUAUUUUGUUAAAGGGUUGGAUGAAAAGGGUGAAUGUGGGUGUUGUAAAAUAUUUGAAAAUUUUCACAAAACUGUCUACUUCUCAUUUUUCCCUUUCCCAAAUAUCCUAUCCCUCGACAUCAUUGAGUAGUUUUGUCCUCAAAUUUAGAGACACGAGAGUCAUUUUCCGGGUGCAAAAUCAUCUUGUUGUUGUUGUUAUACAUAAAUUGUUAUAUUGAGAGAAAAACUUUCAUAUAAUUCAUUAUAUUUAGUGUGUAAGACGUAGUAAAUAGGAAGCGCGAAAGUGGAAGCAGAUUAGACUCAAUAUUGAUCCGUACGUUUUAGACAUUAAGGAGCAGAACCCCCCUCAAGGAAAAAUCAUGUAAUAUUUAGCAUGAGUCGCACAGGGAGGUUUUAUUUUCCCUCAAAUCUGUCUCACACAAUGUACAAAAGAAAUUGCAGAUAUUUAGCUUCUUUCUCAAGUGACUAGUGAUGUUGAAAUAAAAUUCUUAGUUUACUCUUAAUUUUUCAAAGCAUUUUUUUAUAGGAAAUAUUCUAUAAAUAAAAGCCCUCUCCCUUGAAAAAGCGUUCUAAGGAGCUGCAAUAUGCUAUAAAGCCUAUCUUUCAUAAACCAUAAAACAACCAUAAAAAAUUUAGAAAAUUGUUAGCCAAGACAUAUGAUGCAGAGCCAUAACGAUUUUGAUGAGCGAAAUAUAGUUAGGGUAAAGUGAUACAAUUUGGAAUUAGUGUUACAAAUUGGACAAUUCGCCGGUACAAGUUGGCCAGGGAUUUUUUCUUGAUAAAUACAGUACUACAUUUUUUUUUUAAGAACAAGGAACCAAAUUAUAAAACUGAAGCAUUAAAAAUAUACAAAUAAAAAUGAAGUACUAAAUUUAUCGAGAAAAAGCCCUAUCCAACUUGUACCAUAGUCCAACUUAUACCACUUUACUGUUAGUAUUUUCGUUUUCAUUUUAAAUAACACUUUAUUUAAUUUUUUUCUAAAUAUUUCUCAAUACAAAAGAAAGAACUGUAUUGAUAGUGUGUGUCAUGGGUUGAUUUUAAGAUUUUACUUUUCACUUCCAAGUUCCAAGAUCCAAUCAAUAAUCGGUUGUAUCGGAAAACCGUGAAAUGAGCAUAAAUGUCAGAAAAUCAAGCUUGAUAGUUAAAAUUUUAAAAUAAAACAAUAACGAGAAAAUAUUAUUCUAAUUAACACAAACUAAGCUGAGGCACAAACCAUAAUAUGUAGUUAAAUUCGUUACCCUUUCCGUACAGAAGUAGAGUUUGGUAAAGAGAAAAGCCAUUCGAAAAUCUAAUUGAAAAGCCAAAAAAGAGACUUUCUUACUUCUUGAUAAUUCCGCAGGGUGGCUGAUGUACAUCCUGUUCGAAUUUCAAAGUGCCCAAGUGUCAAAAUGUGACGCCCGUCAAAUAAUUUUGUCAGAUAUCUUUAAGAUUUCUGCAGAAAAUAUCUACACCUCUGCAGAAAAUCUGCCGAGAAAUCUGUAGAUAUUCCUACGAAUUUUAUUUGGGCUUGGGACAAAAUUCGUCAGAAUCUUUUUGCAAAUUUUCUGGUGCAUAAUCUAAAGAUAUUUUGCCGAUUUUCUGUAGAUUUUUUUCUCCGUUCCAGACUUUCCAGACAGCUGUGUCUGAAAAGAUGGAAUAUUUUUCACUGAAGUUUGGAAAAUUCAAUACAGUGUUUCUUAGAGGUAUCACAGUGUUUAUAUAAAAUAAAGAAUUCUGCGACGUCGUAAGUAGAGAAUACUGAAGUGAAAACUUUAAGAAGAGUGUCGACCUAAAUUUCGUCUUUUUUAUAUCAUUCAAUGGGCGAUUUUUAAAAAAUUAGUAUUUUUGCUCGCAUUUUUUUUACUUAUCUAAAUCGGUAAUGCUUGUUAAGCAGAGCAUCCCAUUUUCAUUAUAACUUUUACAGUUUCUUCAUAAAUCAACAAUAUUUUUGUGAAGUAAUGGAGAUUUUCCAGAUUUUCUCGGCAGAAAUUCUGCCGAAAAUCUACAGAAUUCCUCUGAAUAUACUGGAAUACACCGUUACAAUUCAAAAAAUCUCCGAGUAAAAUCGGCAGGUAGAGCAAUGAUUUGACGGGCGGUCUUCACAUUUGUGAGGAAAAAAACAGAACAACGACGCUUACUGUUCUUGUCCCAUUAUUUAAUCACUCCUUAGUCACCGAGUAACUAUUUUGUCAGCUUUUCAGUGUGAUAUUUGAUAAAUUUUCCCCACCUUUUUCGAAAAUUUAGUUUGAAAAUUCGAAAUUGAAUUUCAAUUCUUCGAACAUCAACAACUUUUUAUGCAAAUAGAGUUCUAUUUACCUUUUAUCCAAGACACUAUUGGAGAAUCAAAAUCUACUUGUGAUCGGGCUCUAUAGGUAACAACUUUUGUUCCGGGAUCAAAGUUCUAAAUCAUGGGGAAAAAGUUCUAGAGCAAAAAAACUAUUUUUGUAGAAGAAAAAUAAUCUUUUAUACGAAAUGUCCGCAUUUAUUCUAUCUUUUUUUAAGGGAAAGAAUAAAUUGUAACAUAAAAUAUUUCAAAUGGCUACAUAUUCACGAAAUGGACAUAAAAGCAUAUGUCGUUAUAAUGCAUAAGACGCGUAGGAGGACAUUGAAUCAUGAUGGCUUACAUGAUUCAAUGAUUUAAUUUAGCUCGACAAGAAAAUUGAGAAGCUAUAUUAUGAUAUGGCACAAUUUCAUUUAAAAAUAGGAGAAAAAUCCCAAUUUCAAAGCUGCCCCAAAUUCAAAGAUGCCCCACUUCCCUCUAGCUAUUGUGUAUUAGCUCAUAUCAUGCAAAGUUUUAUAGUGGUACGGUGUCUUAGCUUAUUGUAAGAAUGUUUUAUAGCUCGGUGUCAUGUGUCUCGGCUAAUUCUGCUCCAUGAUUGUUUAAUGUGAAAGCUUUUUAAUGCUUCCAAGCUAAAUAUUUAAUUCAAGAAAUAUUUUUUAACAAAAAAAAUGUUAAUAAGAAAAUCGUGUCAACAUCACUAAUCACUAUCUCUUUAUCGGUCUUUCUCUUGUUAAAGAAAGCUCCUCAAAAGGAUUAACGUGUACUGUGGAAGGAAUAAAACCAUGAGCUUAAGAGGAUGAAAAUGGAAUGAAGAAAAAUCUAUGUGGAUGUUGAAGAAAAGGAAGAAAAAAUUGUAGCAUGUAUCAAGACAAAUUUAUGAACAUAAAUCAACGUUGAAAUAUUGAAAAUGAUAUGGAUAUUUUUUCGUAAAAACGACACAUUUUUGCAUUUUUAUUUUUUGAAAGUCACGCGAAAAAUUGUCAAAAAAGGGGAAAAAGACAAAAAAGAAGAAAAAGAUAUUUGUGACAUAAUGAAAAAUGAUUUUUUUUUCAUAUCUCCGACUGAGUAAAUUGAGUAGUAAAGUUGUUCCUUGUCGCUCGAGAAAACAAAAGGAUGUUUGUGAAAAAUAAUUGCAAAGAAAAAAAAAGUUAUAACUUCAUCUGACAUACAACAAUUUCUCACACAAAAUUAGCUUAUUUGUCUCCCACUGCGACUCUAUGCUCGUAAGUUUCAUCUCAAUUGUCACACAUUAUUUAUUCACGUAUCCUGAGAAAAUGAUGAGAGAUGAAGUGGUGAAAAUUUGCAGCUAUAUGACAUUAAAAUGCAAAAUUCAAAUGAUUUAAUUUCAUUGCAUGACAGAAUAAAUGCGCAAUUUUCCUCAAACCACCAACAAACUCACCUCCUUACCCUAACAAGAAAUUUAAAGCUAUUAUGCAGAUUUGUUCUUAAUUGGCAGUGUUCAUUUUUACGGGGGAGACUUUCGAAAAGGCUCUUCCACUUCCCAUGAGAUAUUUUGAUGUAGGAUAAUAUAACUUUAGAAAAUAGGAGUAAAAUGAGAAUUUAAAUACAGAUAUUACAGCAAAAAACUUUUUUAUGGACACCAUUAAAGUAAAUAUAGUUGUCAGUCUCGUUAAAACCAACUGUAAACUAUAAGCACUUAAAUUUACACCGUGUUUUCCUUAAACCAUUUCGAGGUGGUUAAAUGGGAAUUUUAUGAUUCUUAUAGAAGACUAUAAAAUUUUUCCAUAAUAAAUUUUCUGCAGUUUCUCAUCCCAAUCCCAAUACUUACUCGAAAAUUAUUUUUCAAAUUGAAUUGACUUUUCAUUAAAUUGAAAAAGUGUGUCAGAGCCAUAAUAUUUUAAGUCGCUGGCACACUUUUAAAAUUGAAUGAUAUUCAAUCGAUUGAAAAUUUACCUCUUACUCUUUAAAACUAAAAUCAGAUAUAGCCGUCUCUUUCUGUGAAAUGAAAUUUAAUAUUUGAGUCAAAUUCAAUUGAUUGAAAUUUUACCUCCUACUCUUUCAAAUUGAAAUCAGGUAUAGCUAUUCCUUUCUACCAAAUGAAAAUUGAAAAUGAAAUUGAAAUUUUAAUUUGACAGAAGGAGAUAAACGUAUCUUAUUAGGUGAGAUUCUUAACAAUCUCACCUACUAUAAUCCUAACAAAAUUUCAUGUCGUCCGAUCGACCUCAAACUUGGCCAAAAUGUGUUUCGCCACUUCCUGAUCACGAAUAUAUAUGUGGCUAUUUUACGUUCCCGGCCGGCCGGCCGGCCGGCCGGCUGGCCGGCCGGCCGGCCGCUCUUUGGAGCUUAAUAGCUUCUAAACUAAAAAAGAUAUCGACUUGCGGUUUUCGGCAAAGGUUAUAUAUCGGGUGAAAAUUGCAACUUGGUGCAUUGACCCCCCACCCCCCACCCCUCCUUCCGCCAUUUUGAAGACCCCCCUUUUUUUGUUUUCUCAAUAGCUCCGCCCCUAUGGCAUCGAGCGGGCUCAAAUUUUAGUAUGUUAUAGCUGGGCCUUAUAGCUUUCCAUCAAUACCAAACUUAAGGUCCCCCGACCCCCCUGACCCGAGCUAUAAGGGUCCAAAAAAAAUUUCUUAAUAUGGCCAUAACUCCGGUUCUAAUUGUCAGAAUUUAAAAAGUGAGGGCUUUUUGGAAAGCUCUCGUGAAAUGCCACUUCCCCUUCUAACAUCGCAAGUUCAUAAAACCACCGCUAGGGGCGCUAUUAUUAAAAAGAAAAUUUUUAAAUCUUAUAAGUUAAAUAACUCAAAAAUUCCUUAUGCAAUCGGGCUGAAAUUUUAGUAUGUUGUAGCCCUUGAUUAUACCUAUCAAACAAAAAAAACCUUAAGUCGAUCUAAAACCCCUGACCCGAGCUAUAAGGGGUCAAAGUUCGAACAUUGACCGGCCUCUAUCUCCGGUUCUAAUUAACAUAGCGACCUAAAUUUUACCUUUUUGGUUUCGUCUCGAUGAGCACUUUCAGAUGGAAGUUCAAAAAGUCACCACAGGUGGCGCUGUGAUAGCGUCAAAAUUCAUCGAAAUUCAAAGUCACUUUUCUCAAAAACGGCAUUGUGCAAGUUAAUGAAAUUUUAGUAUGUUGUAGUCCAGUCUAGGACGUUUCCAAAAUGGUGCGUAUGUGCGCUGUGGUUUCAAUAGAACCGGAGAUAUGAGAGGUCAAAGUUCACGAAAUUCAAAAAAUCAUAUCUCCGGUUCUAUGUGACCGAUUUUGAUGAAUGAGGGCUUAAACGAAAGAUCUCACCAAAUGCCACAACUUUCUAGAAUAUUUGAACUUCGUGGGACCAACACCAGGGGCGCCACAGUCGAAAAACCAAUUUCAAUAUCACAUAACCUCAAUUAUCUCGACUGUCGCUGAACCGAUUUUGAUGAUUACUUCGACAUAAUUGUAGAGGACAUUUGUCUCUACAUUUCGUCCAUACAUCAUUUUCCGGUCAGACUACGCUAUCACUCCGAUUUUGCCGUUUAAGUGUGAAAAAAUUGAUUUUUCCCAUAAUAACGCUUUGAAAUCACUCAGAUGCCAAUUUGACUGCCUCUACUCCACAAAAACACUUAAAAUAUGGUUUUAAAUGGAAAGUCCCACAAAAUACAACAAUUCUUUGAUAUAGUUGAAGUUCAACAAAUGACUACUUGGGGCACUCUGGAUGAAAAAAAAAGUUAAGAAACAAAAAACCUCGCUUAUCUUGGCUUCUGAGUAAUCGAUGAGAUCAUGUUCUAUAGGAAAAUUAUAGAGUACAUUCUGGUCUACAUUUCACCCAUAUAUCACUUUUGUGCCAGUUCAUCCAAAUCCUUGAUAUUUUGGUUUAAAUACAAAAUUUGUAUAACUUCACGAAUUUGAUUCAAGAUAACUGAAUGGCGUCUCCCAACUUCAGCUCCAAAUCGAAUUUGCAUGCACUCCGAGUUAGCUCACGUUAAGAAUCUCACCUACAUAAGCCGGUUAGGAUUAUCUGUCCCUUUUUGUUUGAAAGAGUAAGAGGUAAAAUUUCAAUAGAUUGAAUUUCACUAAAUUGAAAAGGUGUACCAACGCCAUUAGCAGUAGAGUGAAAUCCAAUUACCGCGCAAUCACAUGACAUUUCGACAGUACCUAUAAAUUUUUCUCCGAAAUCUUUCCGAAAGUCGUUCUUGCUAAGAAAAUAGUUCACAAAUUGACCACUUUAUGUGUUAAAUGCAAUUUUUGUCAUAAUUUAUCUGUUAUGGCUCCGGUACACUUUUUAGAUCAGGAAAAUUUCAUUAAGUCGAAAUUGGGAUUAAUUUGCUUUCUCACAUGUUUAGCAUAUAUUCAUCUCAUUUUUACGCACUCUUCUUCUUCUUUCAAACAUCAUGCGAAAGAAUGAAAUAGACAUAUGCAAAUCUUUUGAGAAAGAAAGGCACGUGAAUUUUGAUUACAUGAAAUUUUCCUGAGUUAAAAGCUAUGUCGGAGCCAUUAGAACCAAAAUUCAACAGCGUUGAACUAUUUUUUAAUGAAAGAAUUUUAAAUUCUCGUCUAUAAUAGUGUGUAAAGCAGAGAUGACAGGACUGUUUGCAACCGAAUAAGCGACAAAGAAAAAUUAUACGUCAAUGAUCAAAACGCCGCUUUGACAAACGGUGACGUUUAUUCAAUUUCAAACGGUUCUUGCUCACCCUUGGUAUAAAACAGCAAUUUUGAGAGAUACAAUUGUAUUUCACCGUUUUUUUAAUAAGUCAAGUAAUAAAGAAGAAAAAAAAACUAUAAAUUUAGCAAAUUUCAUUAAUAGUUGUUCUUCUCAAUUCCCAAAGCACACAUCAUUAUCGCUGUUUUGUGGUAGAAAAUUUAUUCACAAUUUAUGCGGUAUUUAAUGCUUAUCCUUCUCAUUAUCAUUAUUGCACCUCUGCUGCUUUUAAUCGUCUAUCACAUUUUUUGCACUUUACUGAUUUAUUCAAGCACCAAACUACGAUUAAAAUCACCAUGAAUCACCUCGAAAAGGAGUUCACUGCACUUUUACCAUGCAAAUUUUUGAAAAAUAAAAAAAAAACAACAAACAAAUCGACUGAUUUUAGGAAGCUUUUCGGCCAAAUUCAAUUAUUUCAAUUUGUUUGCCAUAAAUAUAUUUACAAUACACAAAUAUUUAUCUUUCACCCCAUUCCUGGCAAGACUAUAAUUCAUAAAUCUGUGCACAGAGUCUCUGGGUGAAUCAUUAGAAAUUCUCCUUGCGGCGAGAUAAGAAAAAAAAGAGAAGUAGCAUCAGUUCAAUAGGGGACAGGUGCAAAUACGAAUAAGACACGUCUUUAAUUUAUCACGAUUGAGAAAAUCUCUUUAGAGUGUGUGAUAAUAUUUCUUGGCGAAAGUACAUAAUAUUAAUCAUAUAGUUAUUAGCGAAUAUUCACUUAUGAAUUCAUUCGUGUGUGUCUCAUUAAUUGUUAUCUGAUAUUGUUUAAUGUUUUAUUACCUUCUUUUGUAAUUACCCAACAUGGGAGGAAUGUUUAAGAAAAACAAGAAACGACGUUUUCUAAUAAGCUAAUGCAAAUUUUGUUAUUAAUAUAAAUGUGUAAAGGUAUAUUUUUCCCUUCACUGAAACAACUCACAAAAAAAUAGUUAAAAGAUAAAAAAAAUUAAGAAAAAAAGGAAUAUAACAUUUAGAAUUUCUAUAAUGUAAUUCGGGAUGAUUUUUGCAUCUCCCAACAUUUUAUAAAAUAUUGUAUUUAAAAUGGUAUUUUCGACAUUUACCCCUCACAAGAAAAAAAAAGUGACUUGUAAAUAGGAACAAAAAGACAGAAAAAAAUUAUCUAAAUUGCUAAAUGUUAUAACAUUAACUAGAAUAAAAGAAAUCUAGUUGAUAAGGAUGAUUAUGAGAAGAGUGAAGGAGAAAAAAAAAACCAAAUGUUAUGUUAUUGAAAUCAGAUGAAAAUAAACGAAAGAAUGAAAGCAAAAACAAAA